AGUAUAAACCAACCGGUACUCCCUAUUCAUUUUCAUUCUUCGGAGAAGUGGGGAAAAUCAUUCCAAAAAAGAAACUGCGAGAAAGAUACAAGAAGAAACCUGCCGAUUCACACAUAUAAUCUUCUAUUUCUGUUCUUACGCUCGUACCCAUUUUAAUCCUUUUCUUGUUUUUUGUUUCUUGUUCUCAAAUUCUUCUUCUUGGCUUUUUAUGGCGAAAACUGGGGGUGUUCUUGAAGUUGUUCCCACUACUUCUGUGCCAAACUCAGCUGAGUUGAAGAAGGAACUGCAGAGGCUCGUGAAUGCAAUUCUUGAUGGGGAAGAUUUUAGCCUGGAGAUUACUGACGAGGCUAUCAGGUUAUUGACUGCUUUGAAGGAACUGAAAUUUGAGAAAUCAUCGGAUUCUUUGAAGCUGGUGGAUGAUACGGUUCUUCCUGAUGAAUUUAAAUGUCCCAUUUCAAGAAAACUAAUGGCUGACCCUGUUGUCUUGGCUACUGGGCAGACUUAUGAUCGGCCAUCUAUCCUGCAAUGGCUAAGUACUGGGCACCAGACAUGUCCUCGAACUCAGCAAGUCCUCUCCCAUACUGUGCUUACCCCUAAUCACUUGGUGCGAGAAAUAAUUACACGCUGGUGCAAGAAGCAUGGACUUGAGCUCCCCAAGCCUUUCGGGUAUAGUGAUGACAAUUUUGUUGCUUAUGCAGAUGGAGACCACUUGAAUUCACUGCUUGAAAAGAUGUGUUCUUCACUUUCUGAUCAAAAAGAAGCUGCAAGAGAGCUUCGCCUGCUAACUAGAACGAUGCCAUCAGUUCGGGCCCUUUUUGGUGAGUCCAGUGAUGCCAUUCCCAAAUUACUCUGUCCACUAUCGUUAGGCAGAGUGGAUUCUCACCCUGAUCUCCAAGAGGAUUUGAUUACAACAAUUUUGAACCUCUCUAUUCAUGAUAAUAACAAGCAACUAGUUGCUGAAAAUCCACUUGCCAUUCCUCUGCUUAUUGAAUCUCUGAAAUCAGGAACUAUAGAAACAAGAAGUAAUGCUGCAGCAGCUCUAUUUACCCUAUCAGGUCCUGAUUCAAACAAGAUUUCUAUUGGGAAAGCAGGUGCUCUAAAACCUCUGAUUGAUCUUUUAGAGGAAGGGCAUACAUUAGCCAUGAAGGAUGCUGCAUCGGCAAUAUUCAACCUAUGCAUUAUCCUCGAGAAUAAAGGGAGAGCAGUCCAUGAAGGGGCAGUGAGGGUGAUCCUGAAAAAGAUAAUGGAUGGCAUACUUGUCGAUGAGUUGCUUGCUAUUCUUGCUAUGCUUGCUACCCAUCAGAAGGCUGUUGAGGAUAUGAAGGAGCUUGGUGCUGUGGGUUGCUUGCUCAGCAUUAUCAGGGAGGGAUCUUCUGAACGCAACAAGGAGAACUGUGCAGCAAUCCUAUACACAAUCUGCCUAAAUGAUCGAACUACAUGGAGGGAGAUAAGAGAUGAAGAAAAUGCCAACCAUACAAUUUCAAAACUUGCUGAAAAUGGUACGUCAAGAGCCAGGAGAAAGGCCAACGGUAUUCUCGAGAGGCUGGAUAGAGCUGCUUUACUUCUCCAUACUGCCUGAUAAAAAAAUCCUUAUUUCAGGGACAUGAUCAAUUGCUUCCUGUACAUACCUUCAUCCAUCACUCUGCUAUGCACACACAUUAAUACUAGCUCAUAACAUCUAAAAACCUCACAUAUCAGUAUAUACUACCUAUUUUCAUACCAGGCAGGUUUUGUUCAAUCUAAGGCUAAUAGAUAAGUAAAGGGCAUUCAUUUUUUGCGUCUACUUUCAUGAAUGAAUACCUUAGUAAGGCUGGUGAGUUUGAAUCUGUCUUCAUGUGGAUUCUUUAAAUUUUUCUCCUCGUAAUUUUUCUCC